GGUUACUCCCUUUAGAAGGCAAAUUGCUUCAUUCAAAUGUAUCUUUCCACAAAAAUCAACCACUGAAUCAAUCUUCCCCAGUAGACACAAUCUACUCUUCUGCAUCAUAGCUAAGCAAUGGAUCCUCCUCCUCCUCAUCCUACGGUUCAGUUCAUCUCAGAAUGCUACAUCACCCCAAAACCCAGCUCAGAAGCACCCAAAAAACCUGUCCAUUUCUCAGUAUGGGAUUUAGCUAUGCUCUCCGUUCACUACAUCCAAAAAGGCCUCUUGUUUGUCAAGCCUCCAUCUUUUGACCUUACCAGUUUCUUGCACAGCCUCAAGCACUCCCUUUCCCUAACACUGGUCCAUUUUUACCCGUUGGCAGGCCGCCUUUCGACUGCCAAGGGAGAAGAUGGCGCUGGGUAUACAGUCUUCAUCGACUGCGAAAACAGCUCCGGAGCCAGAUUUGUGCAGGCUUCUGUUGAUCUCACCGUUGCUGAUAUCCUCUCUCCCAGGGAUGUACCACGGAUUGUCCAAUCUUUCUUUGACCAUGACAGAGCUAUUAACCAUGACGGUCACGGGAGAUCCUUGUUGACCAUCCAGGUUACAGAGCUGAGAGACGGCGUUUUCCUAGGAUGUUCCAUGAACCACAUGGUGGGUGACGGGACAUCUUUCUGGAAUUUCUUAAACACGUUCUCUGAAAUAUUCAGAGUUAAUAAUCAUCAGAACCCCAUCUCCCGGCAACCAAUUCACGAUCGUUGGUUCCCUGAAAAUCACGGCCCGGUUCUCAAUCUUCCGUUUACCCACCACGAUCAGUUCAUCAGCCGUCACGAGGCGCCGCCCCUGAGGGAAAGAGUCUUCCAUUUCUCGCCGGAAUCUCUAGCCAAGCUCAAAGCCAGAGCCAAUCAAGAAUGCAACGCCACCAAUUCCAAGAUUUCAGCAGAAUUUGGACCCUCGUCUCUCCAAUCACUCUCCGCUCAUGUUUGGAGAUGCAUAACCAGAGCUCGAAAUUUCCCGGCGACCACAAUCACAAACUGCCGGAUGUCUAUAAACAACCGGUCCAGGCUAAACCCGCCACUCUCGAACCACUACUUCGGGAAUUGCGCCCAGACCGUUAGGGGCACCGCAGCGGCGGGAGAACUUCUCGAGCAUGGGCUGGGCUGGGCGGCGUGGAAACUGCACCGGGCAGUGGCGAGCCACGACGACGCGGUGAUUCGCGAAUGGGUUAACACAUGGUUUGAAUCGGCGUUCGUGUAUCAGCUCGGGGACUUCUUUGAUCCUUGUAGUGUAAUGAUGGGCAGCUCGCCCCGGUUUAAUAUGUACGGUGUGGAGUUUGGUCUGGGAAAAGCGGUGGCGAUUCGAAGCGGAUAUGCUAAUAAGUUCGACGGGAAGGUUUCACUGUACCCUGGGAUUGAAGGUGGAGGGAGCAUGGAUCUUGAAAUUUGUCUUUCGCCUCAGUCUAUGGGAGCUCUAGAAUCUGACAUGGAGUUUAUGGACACCGUGGGCUAAUUAUUAGCAGAAUAAAAUCUAAAGUUUUCAACUGUGAUAAUUGUAAUGAUCUUGAUUGUAGAAGAUGAGAUUUGAGUAUUGGUUUCCUUACACUAUCGUAAUCCAGUCGAGUCUAAUUAAACUU